AAAUUACGGCAUGUUAAAAAGUACUUAAAAGAGCAUGACAUUCAAAUGAGUGAUAGAGGUAAAGGGAAAAGCAAGGCAGAGUUGGUUGAUUUGUGCAAAAAAGCAUCAGAAAUAAAGCAAGCAAAUCUUGAAGAAACUGUCAAAGACUACAACAAGCUGCUCGAAGAGAAAUUACAGAUGAAGGAUGGUAAACUGCCAGACCCAAAGACCUUAACAGCUUGGACCAAGAACUUUUUGGAUAUCUGGAGUUUACAUUUGGAAAUUUGUACAGUUAUCUGGUGGGAAGAGCGGAAUACUCUGAGGCAAAACUUCUUUCUUUUAAAAGUCUCUUGGGCUAUAAGUUGUUUCAUGAUGGCUAUAUUACAGAUUUGAGGUGUUGUCUCAUAAAACAGAAAGUCAUGUUUCUUUAAAUUUAAAGUUAAGCCAAUGGAGAGGGCAAAAACAGAAAAUGGACAGACUACUUACAAUGGUUUUAUAAUUUUGAAAGCUAGAGGAGAGGUUCACUCUGCUCAUUGUCCCAGUAAAGGAGGAAGUGAUGGCUGCUGUAGGCAUGUAGCUGCUGUGUUAUUUGAUCUCCAGGUAACAGUAAGUAAUAAUUUAAUGACCACUUGCACCUCUGGCAAAUGUGAGUGGAAGAGAAGAAGAGGGAACAGUGAGUAUGCCACGCCUUUGAAAGAUUUAAAUAUUGUGAAGGCUGAGUUUGGCAAAAGUGACAAAAAUCCCAUAAAACCUCAUGAUUUUGAUCCUGGACCGUCCUCUUUUAAUCCUGUCUUAAUGAGAAAGAAGCUAAGAGAGGGUCUUCAGGUUUUACACCCUGCGUCUGUAGAAAUGCAGUUUCUCCUAAGCCUAAGGAUUCAGUAAUUCCAGAACAACUAGUGGCAGAAUACAGUAGCAGUGAUGCCAACGUUGAGAGAUUUGAGACUGUGGAAAGUGUAUCUGUUUAUCCUAUGAAAGAGUGUGCAGAAAUGUUUAAAUGUGAAAAUAACAUCAGCAUCAAUGGUGAUAUUUCUGAAGAGGUCAGAGAGUCAUUUAUGAAAUCCCUGAAUAUUGAUAAGAAUCAGUGUGAUGUGAUUUCCUGCAAAGUUCUGGUAUCUUCAGUGACGAGGACAUAUAACAGCCUCAAAUGUCUCCUGUGUAUGUCAUAUGAGGGAAAGUAUGGAAAAACAAAUAUUGUAAAAUUGUUAAUGAACUACUGUCCCAUGCAACAAGAAAAAAAAAGAAAUAGAAAGAAAGAAAAAGAAAUUGUUGCAGCUGAACAGUAUCUGAAGAGAAUCUCCAAAAAGCAUAAUGAUGUAAGCCCUCUAGAAUUAUUCUCCAUCAGAAAUGGCGUUUUCUAUGUACCAGCCCUGACAGGAUUCGACACUGUAAAUUUCAUGGCAAGACAC